AUCGCGAAAGCUUCUCUGCAGGGAUUCCUUGGAAUCUUUGACAUUCGCGAAACUACACAGAGUAGCCAUUUGAGAGACUUUACAGAAAGUAGAACCUGUUAUAACAGUCUUAGGCUGAUGUGUCAUUUCGCUUUUGCUUCUCCCUGAUAAGUUACCAGUUGCCGUCUUGCAUCUCUCGCCGGAAGACGGCUUUUCUCCGUCCCUUACCGUUUCCCAUCUCUCAGCGGGCAGAAUGCGAGUCCUCUUCCUCUUCCUCCUCGCGGUUUGCGUUUCGCCGGCCAGAGGACUUCAAGAUUCGUUAGGCAUCGAGUUCUGGGGCACCCCGCAACUGCUUCAGGAGCGAGAGGCCAGACUAGCUGCAGCCGCUGCCGCCAGCACCACCAGAGGCAGCAGCACCAGAGGGAGCAGCGGCGAUACGUACAAAGAUGUUGGGGGGAUCCGCGGCGUGGCAGGGGGUGCGUUUGAUACGAACCAAAAGGGUAUCCGUGGCAUGGCAGGGGGGGUUCGCCUCACUAGUCCUCAGUUUUCGAGCAGUUUGGCUCUUUCUGGUGGUUUGAGUGGUGAUGGGACGGCGGCAGGGGGCUCGGAGUGGGUGUUUAAUGAGAGCCGGGUCGUCAAGGUGUCGUCUACACCCAGGGUGUACGUGUAUAAGGGACUUUUGUCCCCGGAAGAAUGUGUCUUCUUAAAAUCAAUGGCCCGGCCAAAGAUUGCUAGGCUGAAAAGGCUGGUCAACGCCACAUACCUUCGCAAGUAUCAGAACACACGGCUUCGCUCUAUUGAAGACCGAAUCGCCGCCUUUCUCUUUCUUCCAAGAGAACCCCAGGCUCGGACGCAGGUUCGGUUCAACGAGGGCCAAGCCUACGACGUGCACCUGGAGUUCUUCCGAGAUAAUAUCGACACGCAGAGGUCUGGGCACCGGGUGGCAACGCUUGUCCUCUUCCUCUCCGACGUGCAGAAGGGCGGCGAAGUGAACUUCCCGCAGGGCAAGUCCGAUCAGCCCCUCUGGACGUGGGACUCCUCCCUCUCGCCCUGCGCACGCCAAGGCGUAUCAGUUCGCCCUGUCAAAGGAGAUGCCCUGCUCUUCUUCCAAGUUACCCCGUCUGGUUACCACGACCCUUCCUCUGCCCAGCGGAACUGCCCCGUUCUCAAAGGGCCUCCGAAGUGGACGGCAGAAAAGUUGAUUGCGAUUCAGAAGUACACUGCACGGAGGGAUAUGAUUGGAUGCAUGGACGAGCAUCCGUACUGCGAAAUGUGGGCGGCUAGAGGGGAGUGUAAGGGGUAUAAGGAUUAUAUGAUCGGGAAUGGGGAGUCGCUUGGGUACUGUAGGAAGGCGUGCAAAGCUUGUUAGUGAACUCUCUGGUAGUACAAGUGGCCUACCUAAAUGAAGAUCUAGAUCGAACGAGCUUUGUGUCCGGAUACGACUAAUAC